CUAGUAUUGAAGGUCUGAGAAGUGUUAAUUUCCGUCUUGUAAUUUCACCACGCAAAGUUUUGUUUAUUUACAACAAAAAUGUAUAUAUUUUCUUGUGACAUUGUUUCACCCCCAUACAUGUUAUACAUGGGAGAAGAAAAACAUGAAAAUGAGGAGUUGAUUAGAUGGGGCUGGCCAGAAGAUGUGUGGUUUCAUGUGGAUAAAGUUUCAUCAGCUCAUGUCUACUUAAGGUUACAUCAGGGUGAAAAUUUAGAAGAUCUAAGUGAAGCAGUGAUAGAUGAUUGUGCUCAGUUAGUCAAGGCCAACAGUAUAAAUGGAAAUAAAAUGAAUAAUGUAGAUGUUGUAUAUACUAUGUGGUCAAAUUUAAAGAAAACUCCAAAAAUGGAUGUUGGCCAAGUUGGAUUUUAUAAAGAAAAAGAUGUAAAGAAGGUGAGAGUAGAAAAAAGAAUAAAUGAAAUAGUUAAUAGAUUAAAUAAAACAAAGAAAGAAGUACAUCCUGAUCUACGUGAACAGAGAGAAGACAGAGAUAGAAAGGAAAGAGAAAAAGAGAAAAAUUUACAGCAUGAAAGAAAAUUAAAAGAAAAAGAAGAAGAAAGAGUGCGGAAAGAACAGGCUGAAUUAAGGUCAUAUUCCACUUUAAUGAAUGAAGAUAAUAUGAAGACAAACUUAGAUGGAGGAAAUGAUUCAGAUGAAUUUAUGUAGCAGAUAUUUGUAAUUUAUAAACAUAAACUAAAAGUGCUUGACGACAAAGUGAUCAUCAAAACAAGAAACUUGUCUGAAAUGUGUUACUUAUUUUUAUAUGUAAAAAUCUGAACAUUUAUGGAUUACAGCACAUGCUAUGAAACAACAUUAAGAUAUUUCAAACUAUUGUAUAAAGGAUUGUUUGUUAUGAAAAUAGGACACUUAUCUGAAAUUACCUAUUUUAUUGUACAAGUUCAAUCUGAAACACCUUCCACAUGAGCCUUUGAAGAUAAAUGGUAUUUUGGUU